AUGUUACGCUGCGUGUGCUUUCUAGUGAUAAGUUUCGUCGGUGCCCAGGAAAUGACUGGGAUGUCGCGGAUUUUCAAGCCUCCUCUGGGCUCCACAAGCGUGGAAUUCAUCCCGAAGUUCCAGGUCGUGACAGACGACGGCCCAGUCUCGGUCUCGACGGGGAUCGCAUUCCCUCUAGAAUUGGCACUCAAGGCAGUAGAGCCCGAACCUGAGAAUUUACCAUACUCGCCGUUCUUCUUCAAUAAGGGGCGCGAUGGGAGAAAAGGUUUCACUGCCUCCCUGGAGCGAAUGGGUGUCCCGGCAAAGCGAUGUCUUCUCCGGGCGAUAUGCGAAGUUGAAAAAUACCCACAAGACGCGAACGAGAGUUUGUUGGGCGAGAUGGUGUCCCUUGUGUUGAGGGUGCCGAUGAACGAUUCGCCGAAAAUGGAAUUGUACAAUGAGGCAGGCAAAGCCGGACGCACAGGAGAUUGCUCCGCUUAUUACGACUGUUUCGUGUCGGUAUUCAAGAUGAUCUCAGAAACCCCCGCUAAGACCAAAUGA